AUGGCUCGGCUUUCCGGAAUCCUCCAAGCGGCCCUCGCCGCAGCCGCCGCCGUCUCGCCGGCCACGGCAGCCGAGGGUGGCUUCGCCAGCGGCCGCACCCGCCUCACAAGCCCGGCCUCCGACGCUGCAUCGGGCCGUUACAUCGUCGAGCUCGAAAACUCGACGGGUCCCAGCACCCGCCAGGACUCUUCCGUCGGCGACUCCAUCGUCGGUCAGAUCUCAUCUCUUGGCUACGAGGCCACCGUCAAGGAGGACUUCUCGACCAUCUCUGGUCGCUUCAAGGGCGUCUCCAUCGAGAUUGCAAACGAUGAUUCCUCUGGUAUCGUCGAUGACAUCAAGAGCCUCCCGGGCGUCGCCAACGCCUGGCCGGUGCAGCCCAUUACCUUAGAUGUCUCUUUUGAAGUCACAACCGGCACGAAGAAAUGGAACCCUCACAUCGCUACUCGCGUCAGCGAGCUCCACGACCGCAACAUUACCGGCACCAGCCAGCGCGUCUGCGUAGUGGACAGCGGUGUAGAUGUGUCGCACCCAGCUCUGGUUGGCAAGAUCGCUGGCGGAAAGAACCUCUUCGAAGAGAACUCGACCGCCCUCACGGACUGCGCUGGCCACGGCACCUUCGUCUCGUCCAUCAUCGCCGCUUCUAACCAGGACUUUACCGGAGUCGCACCCGGCUCGGAGAUCUACAUGUACAAGGUCUUUGGCUGUGAGGAUGCGACAUCCAAUGACAUGGUUCUCAAGGGUAUGCUCGCUGCCGACUCGGAUGACUGCGAUAUCAUCUCCGUUUCGAUUGGCAGCAACACUGGCUACGUCAACUCAGUGCUUUCUCGUGUUGCCAGUGAAAUUGCCCAGGACAGACUCAUUGUCAUUGCUGCUGGCAACUCGGGUGCGAUGGGACCUUAUUUCGCAAGUUCCCCCGCUGCCGGCCGUGGUGUCGUCUGCGUUGGCUCGGUCGAGGCAGCGCAGACCUUGGGAUGGCCUGCAACGAUCGUCUCAUCUGGUGGCCAGUCCCUUAACAUCUCGUACGUCACAUCUGAUGGCAGCAAGUUCAACAGCACAAUCGAUGUGCCCAUCGUUCUCGACAGCGGUGACUCGUGCAACAUCGCCGGCUCUGGCCCUGACUCCACCGCUGUUCUCGCGAAACGUGGUGUCUGCGAGCCAGCUGGAUCUUACUCCUCCAUUGCCGGCGCCGGAUUCGGUUACGGGAUCCUGUACGACUCUUACAACCAGGGCGCUUACUACAUGGAUGAAGUCGUUGCUUGGUCUGAUACCCUCAAGCUCAUGGCUGUAACUACAGCUUCAGUCGGAGACUGGGCAGCCGCGCAAACUGCGAAGAACUACACCCUUCACUUGAAGAUUGAAGCUGAUGCUCAACCGGCCGCCUUUGCCGCUGAAGUCCCCAGCGCUGGUCAGCUCUCAACCUUCACAUCGUGGGGUCCGACUUACGAGAACGACUUCUCCCCCAUCAUCUCCGCGCCCGGUGGUGUGGUCUACGGCGCCUUCCCUGACGGCAAAUUUGCCAUUUCCUCCGGAACAUCGUUCGCUACACCUUACAUCUCAGGUGUUGCUGCUCUGUGGUUUGCGUAUGCAAAGAAGGACCGGGCCGAAUUUGUGCGCAGACUGACAUCCACCGCUCUGGCCCUGCCUGCUUUCGAAUCCAUCGACGGCAAGGUCCUCAGCCAGGUUGCGUCGCUUGCUCAACAGGGCGCCGGUCUUGUUGAUGCUGCGAAGUUGUUCGACUUGACCACUGUGCUGCUUUCCGAGCCAAGUCUGUCCCUGAAUGAUACGGACAACCGAGUCAGCACUCACACUAUCCGCAUCCAGAACACCGGUUCAGAGGAAGUGACUUACAACAUCACUCACAUCGCCGCUUCGACUGUAUCAUCCAGGAACAGCCUCUUGUACCCCAACACCUACUACCCGCCUUUGGUGUCCGCUGCCGGAUCCUUGGCCGAUGGCAAGACUAUCACAGUUGCCUCUGGUGCAACUCAGGACAUUGAGGUCACCCUCUACGCUCCCGAUGUCGCCCCCGACAGCGGUGCUCUGUGGAGUGGAAAGAUUCUUCUCGCCGGUUCCAAUGAUGACUUGCUGGCCGUGCCCUACAUCGGCAUCGAGGCUUCAACUUACAACUGGACUGCACUGCAUCACGGGCCAGAGUCGUAUCGUUAUGACGAUACUGAUGGCAUCCUGUACCCAAUCGACUACCAAGGCAAAGCAUACCACCCUGCUGAUGGUGACUCGCCUGAGACAUACUUCGCCUUCCGCUACGGCACUUACGAGUUCUCCGUCGACUUGGUCGGCACUGACUGGAAGACGGAGCAGUUCGCGUAUCCGCCGCAGCACAGUUCAGGCUCGCAAGCGUGGCUUGGCUCGGUCAGAUCCCAGCCCCUCACUGAUGGAGGUUACUUUGACUUCCCCAUGAGAGAGAUUGUACGCUUCAACCUGGGUAGCUACAUUACUUUCCGCUCUUUUGCAAACGGCACUGCUAUUCCAUCUGGACGAUACCGCAUCUUCACCCGUGCUCUGCGCAUGUUUGGCGAUGCUUCUAAGUCGGAGGACUGGCAGCUGUUCCUCUCUUAUCCGUUCUCUAUCCAACUCGGUAGCGAUCCUAUACCGGGCCAGAACGCCACAUGGACCUCCAGUCUCCCAUCGUCAACAGCUGCCGUGACUACCGCUACUACCACUGUGACAACCACAACGGCUCCCCCGACAACGACAUCCCCUAUUUCCGUGCCAGGCACAACUACGACGCUCACAGCCACCGCCACGCCCACCGGUCUCGAAGGUGCCUUUACCUCCCUCAAGCUCCAAAGGCUGAAAGAAGAUACCGCCUUCGUUAUUGAUCCGGCAGCAUGGAUGGAACUCCACAUCCAAAUCUCGAUGCCAUCUCCUGUUGCGGCUGACUCCGUUCUGACAUUCGCCGUUCCAGCCGAGAUCACCGACAUCGCAGAUGGAGUCCAACUCUCGGCGUCCGGCGCCCAGGCCGGCGAUACAUCCUUCGACCCGGUGACUCGGCUGUACACAAUCGCGCUAGGAGAUUGGACAACCUGGAACAAGAACAUGGUCGGCGAUUUCUUCCUCAUGUGCCGUUUCACGCCCGAGUUUGCCGCUUCCAUGAAGCAGGGAACCUACGUCGUGCAGUUCCCUACCGUCGGCAAGGUCUGGGAAGCACCCGUAUACUACACCGCCGUCGACCGUUCUGUGGUAUAUGAACGGCUUUCUACCGCUCCAUACGACGGAACAUCGUUGUACACUGCCGAGGUAGAAGUUCCUGCCUCCUUGGGACCUUGGGACUUUGUUCGUCUGACGACGUCUCACUCGGCUGAUUCCGACGGAUUCGUCUGCGCCAACUCUAGCGUGGUGAUUGGAGAAACCCUUGACGCCGAAAACCGCAUUGAGAGUUUCACUGACGUCACGGCCUCGGCUACGGAGGUUUGUAAUGUCAAGAACUUCAGGGCAAUGUACAAUGAGACAUUAACAGGCGAUGAUGUUCUUCGGUUUACGAUGGGCAACAUCCAAGGUAACCGCGACCAGUGGACACUGAGUGUGGUUUACUUGCUGGAUGUUCAACUGUCCAAUGGAACCUUGGUGUUGUAUGACCAACGGACGCUCGAGUUUGAGAAGAACCCGCGCUUGAGGACGGUCAAUUUCAACGCUUUCACUGGCGAGAGGGCCUAG